AUGGUUGAGACGCAGAUGGUUAGGCCUAAGGCCGGAACACUUGGCGAAAAGUUGAAGGUAACCGUCAAUGCCUACAAAGUCAAAGUACCCAGCCUUGUCCUCCAUCAUUAUGAUGUUGCUAUUGAAGGCUUGGUCAACAAACACGGCACCGUCGGUGACGUGCCGCCGUCCCUCGGCCGGGAGAUCUUUACCGCCUUGAAGGCGAUGGACGCUUUCCAACAACAUUCGGUGGUCUACGAUGGCAGAAAGACCGUGUUUUCGCCGCAAGCCCUUAAUUUUCCCCAUGAUAAACAGACCUUUGACGUCAAUCUGGCCUCACCAGCCGAACGCGCUGCCAAACGUAACCGUUCGUUCAAGGUGGUUAUCACCAAAGUCAACGAGGUGAAACUCGAUAAUCUGCUCAAGUAUGUCAAGAGGCAAGUUGGACCCACUCCGGAUGAAGGCGUUUACAUUGCCAUCACCGCAUUGAACGUCUUGUUCAAUCACGACAUGAUGAUGACUCAUCCUAACUCAAAGAACAAGUUCUUCCCUCGUCCCCAAGGAGUUGGCUCAUCAGGCAUGUUGUUCAAAAUGAAAGAGGGAAUCGAGAUGUGGCGCGGCUACUUUAGUUCAAUCCGAAUGGCUCCUGGAGGUGUCAUUUUGAAUUUCGAUCUGACUUCUCAGCCCAUGUUGACAUGUGGAAACCUGAGAGAUGUAGCUGUUGCUGUGUUGGGAGUUGAACCCCCCGGAUCCCUUCAAAGGCUACUUCCUACACAAUUGAUCACUCUUUCCCGCUCUCUGAAGAUGAUGACAGUCUCUGUCAGUCGAGUUGACAAGACUAUAUUGAGGACUAAAAUCAAAGAGGUUGCAAAGUCGGCAAGAGAGAUGAUCUUCGAGGCCCCUGUGUCACCGGAUUCAAAAGUCAUGAAGAAGUGGAAUGUUGCGGAAUACAUUGAAUUCACUUACAACAUGAAGCUCAAGGGUGCGAAUGAACCCAUUGUCAGAUUGACUGGCAAGGGAUGGUACCCCCUUGAAAUCUGUCAUGUCAACCCUGGUCAAAAGUUCUCCAAGAAGUUGUCCCCAGAGCGACUAAGUGACGUUAUCAAGUGGCUGACAGUCGGACCACAAGAUCGCACUAGGAUGCUUACUAAUGGAAUUCAAAAUCACCUCAGAACUGGUACCACUAUUGAUCGAUGGACCAUUGAGUUGGAAGCUAACCCCCUUGUCAUCAGCGCCCGUCAAUUGGCACCACCAACCGUUUAUUACGCACCUCAAAGCGCCAAUAAAUCGAAUUCCUCCACCGACAAAUUUGGAAAUGGCGCCUGGAACUUGUCUGGAAAAAUGCUGCUACAACCUGUGGCAGUAACAAGCUGGGUUGCCAUCGUCCUUAGCCAGGCUAACUUUGGAAUUUCUAAGGCACAAGCUGCCCAAGCUUUAGAAGGCCUUCAAUCAGCUAUGAAGGCUGUGGGUAUGCAAGUGAGUGGCCUCCAAGGGCCAGCCAUCUUUGUGGAUAAAAAUGAGCCUUUAUUGCCCUCAGAUGACGAUUGA